AUGUACGGUAGACCGAAAGCCAGGAAUCGGCUCGUGAUUAUAUUCAUUAUCACCUGCUGUCUGACCUCUCUAUACGUCCUGAUCCUCAAAAUCAACCGGAUGAUCCAUUUGGAUCAGUUGGAGAGGAAUUCCGACCAUUUGGCCGUUUUUUCCGCCGCUGUUUAUUAUAAUUCCACGUUUUCUACGAAAUUUGGAGUGCCCGAAGUGAGUUUUGUCGGAAAGGUGGUCGCACUGGGAAUGGGUCAUUUGCGCCACGCGUAAGUCGUUUUAGGUCGGGCGACCAUGAUGGAUUAAAGUAACAGUUUAUGUAACGGUUUCUAUUGUUUAUCGAAAAUGUGGCCGCACUAGGAAUGGCUCAUUUCCGCCCCGCGUAAGUCGUUUUAGGUCGGGCGACCAUGACGAUUUAAAAUAGGACUAUAUGUAACGGUUUCUAUUGUUUAUCGAAAAAGGGUCGCACUGGGAAUGGUUCAUUCUUGCUCCGCGUAAGUCGUUUUAGGUCGGGCGACAAUAAUGAUCCAAAGUACAGUUUAUAAAAAAAAUUAGUCGCACUGGGAAUGGCUGAUUUGAAGUCGGAGACCAUCAAGGUCCAAACUAGAGUGUAGUUUGUUCGGAUUUUCAAUUUUAAGAACAAUGACGUCAUUCGAAAACGAUCCAUGAAUGUGAAUGGCUUAUCGCGUAAUUAGGGGCGGAGCUUGAGCAACGGCUUGAAUUGUAAAUCAGAAUAGAGUAUAUGUGUAAUGGAAGCUUCAACUUGUCAAUAGAAUAUGGAAGUGUGUAGAAACUAGUAGAGGGAUCAGAGAAGCAGAUUUUUCUCUCUUUCUCUGGUCUCUCAGGUCUAAUUUGUCAAUAAAAUGUGGAGGCGAGAGUGUAGGAGCUCGAAGAGGGAUCAGAGAAGCAGAUUUUUCUCUCUUUCUCUGGUCUCUUAGGUCCAACUUGUCAAUAAAAUAUAGAAGCUAGAGAGUGUAAGAGCUUGAAGAGGGACCAGAGAAGCAGAUUUUUCUCUCUUUCUCUGGCGUCUCUCAGGUCUUCAUUGUUCCUAGUUUCCAGUGAAAAUAGUGAUCUUUUCCAUUUUUCAAACCUUUUCCAGGCUUUCAAAGCACUUUUUGAAAAUUUUCCAGGUCCAUUUCAUCGUGACAAGUCGACUGAAUCAAGUGGCAGUAAAUAUGAACUGUCAAUCGAAUAAUGGCUCAAGUUUCGCCAUUUCUGAACUCGAGUUUGUUUUUUUUUUCUAUUUUUUGACUUUUCAAGACAAAUGUAUGUGUUCGAGCAGACAUUAUGAAAAUGAUUUUCAGUGGUUUUUUUUUGAAAUUCACUCAAAAUAACCUUUCUGUCCUGAUUUCACGCUUUUGAACCAUUCUGAAUGACUUUUUUUAAUAAUAUUUCUAUUUUUUUCUCGCAUAACUGAAAAACCAAGAAUCUUCUAGGGCUUUUUUUAAGGUCUAUAAGAAAUUUUUGGGACUUUUUUUGAUAAUUUUUUUAAAAGUUGUAUCUGUUAUGAAUCUACACUUUUGAAUGAUUAGAAAAUGAAAAAAAUUAUUUUUCGAAACUUUUUUUAUUUUUUUCUGCUGAACCCAAAAAUUCCCUAGGGACUUUCUCAACUCUACGGGGAAUUUUCGAAUUUUUCUGAUUUCUGAUUUUUUUGAAAUAUUCGGAAGGCUCAUGAAUUUUUGAAAAAGUUUUCAAACUCCUACUUUUUCAAGACAAAUGUAUAUGUUUGAGCAGGCAUUGUGAAAAUUAUUUUCACAUUAUUUUAGUGAUUUUUCCUGGAGUUAACUCAAAAAAACCUAUCUCUCUUGAUUUUACGUUUUUGAACCAUUCUGAAGGACCAUUUUUCAAAACAUGUCCUAUUUUUCUCGCAUAACUAAAAACCAAGAACCUUCUAGGGCCUUUUUUUUAAACUCUACGUGGAAUUUUUGGAUUUUUUAAAGUGCAUGAUAAUUUUUUUUAGUUGGAUGUGCUAUGGCUUUAAACUUUUGAAUUAUUAGGAAUGACCUUUUUCAAAAUUAUUUUCGAAACUUUAUUUUUUUUCACUGAACCUAAAAAUCCUUUGAGGACUUUCUUAACUUUACGGGGAAUUUUCGAAUUUUCUGAUUUCUGAUUUUUGAACUAUUCGGAAGGCUCAUGAAUUUUUUUUUUUUUUGAAAAGUUUUCAAACUCCUACUUUUCAAGACAAAUGUAUGUGUUCGAGCAGACAUUGUGAAAAUGAUUUUUAGUGGUUUUUUUUUUGAAAUUCACUCAAAAUAACCUUUCUGUCCUGAUUUUACGCUUUUGAACCGUUCUGAAUAAUAUGUCCUAUUUUUUUUUCAUGAUUAACCCAGGACCAAAAAUCUUCUAGCCCUUCUUUCAACUCGACGUGGAAAUUUUGGAUUUUGGUCCUGAUUUUUAAUUUUUAAACUAUUCGGAAGAAAAAAUCUUCUAGAGGCUUUACUAAACUGUACCGGGAAUUUUUGAAUUUUUGUCCUGCUGAGGAAUUUUUGAGGGGUCCCUAUAAGGUUUUGUUGUUUUAGGGACCCCAUAUAAGGAUGAAAAUCUUAGGGGUCCCUAUAGGGGUUUAGGGUCGGACUCCUAAGCCCCCAAAGCUUUAGGGGUCCCUAUAGGGUUCUCCAAUUUUUAAUUUUCAAAAUUACAUAAUAGUAGCGUCAAUCGGUUUAUCUCGUCAAGAUAGCUGAUUCACGGCUGGCUUGAGCCAUCGAAAAAAUGGUCCUGACACGAUAAUGCACGAGAUAGCGCCUGCCUUGUGGAGAGCGCAGACAGGACACGCCCCCUUAGCGUCCCAAGGUGGCCGUGAAUCAGCUAGACGUUUACAGAUAAUCGCUGGUUUCAGAAUUUUAGAUUUCUGAAGGCUCACGAAUUUUUUUUCGCACUCAAAAAUCUUUUAGUGGAAAUUUUAGAAUGAUUUGCAGAAUAAAACCAUUGGCGAACUCCCUCCUCCUCGGCUCUUGUUCAGUUGUAGAUGACCCCGUUUUUGUCUCCCUGGUUCUUGACGAUUUCGUCGUUCAGGUUCGGAAUAUCUUCAUAGAAGCUUCUACAAAAAGGUGUUCAGAUCGACGAACCAGACGUUCCACUUCCCCCCAAGAUAGCCGAGCAGUCCUACGGGUACCGGCCGGAUUCCGAAGGCAGCGUCGUCUGCAUGGCUCAUCUGUUGCUCUUCGAAGAUGGGGCGACCCUUCUGGCCCUUCUGGAUCAUUUCGAACGGACCGCCAGCCAGAUCUUCAUCUACGCCGCCAGUUUGAGCGAUGAACUCUAUCAUUCGAUCCAGAAAAGGUCCGAGAAGGUGAUGAUCGUCCCCUGGAAGCUGCCGGUGAAUGGGUGAGCCUAAGGAUGGCUUUUUGAGCAAUUUUGGAGGUUCAGGAAGGUCGGGGAGCACAAUCAACUGAACUUGGAUCCCAGCGCGGUUUAUGUGAGUUUUCUUAGGAUUCACGGCUAGCUUGGGACGCAAAGGGGGCCUGUCUAUUAUUUUUUUUUCAAUCCUAUCUGCGAUUGCUGGGACCUUGAAAACCGGACGCGCCCUGGACGUUUCUGAGCAUUUGUAGUGACCACUUUAGCGGCGUCAGCACACUUAAGGGACCCCUAGAGUUGCUCAGAAGCAUUAUCACGGUCCGAGGGAUCAAUAGACUGAUUUAUUGACUUCGGUUCUCAAAAAACUGCUUUCAAGGAAGUUUAAACAAUCGUAGGCGGAAUUCGCAGUGUUUUUGUCACCUCUGCUUCUUGGAAUAUUUUCGAAAAGCAUUUAUGAAUGGACUAUUUGAAUCCCAAUACUUUAAAAACCACAAGAUCAAAGUAAAAAGGCUACUUGGCCGGCAUAAGGAUGGGAAAGUUUUAAAAAUCAAGAAGGCUGCUAUGAACUAACUUAUCUCAUUUAUGAUCCUCAAAAAGCUUGGAUUAGGGCUGAAAAUGGAUCCUAGAAGGUCCUCCUAAGACCGUAGAAUUCCAUUAAUUUUUGGAUUUUUGAUGAUAAUUUCCAUGAAAAAGUUCGCUAAUUUGCUUAAAUGACCACUUCUCCUCCUCAGGCAGCCACGGAAGCCAGCCUGACCGACUGUUUCCUCCGAGCUGCUCCCACCAACAAGAAAAUCGAGCUGGUCGACCUGGCCGCCAUUCGCUUCGAAGCAGCGCCUCUCGAUGAGGAGCUCGACCUGAAUCCGGCCGUCGUCGGCAUGAUCAACGCCGAUUGGAGCCUCGAACAGCUCCUCACCUACAGAGUCUCCCAAAACUCGCGUCGGUUUUAAUUUUGUGUCUUGGAAAACUUCGAAAGUUGAAAUGGGCAAGUACAGUUCGGAACAAUGUUAAGAAAUGAGAUUUUAAAAAAGUCAAGUUGUAACCCCAAGGAAUAAAAGUGAGACAAUACUUACUUAAAUUUAUAAAUCCUUGGAAGGAGGGAUUUGCGGUAUUAAAAAAAGCCUAUGUAUUCUAUUCAGUAAUAUUUAAAAUACAAAAUAUUCUACAAAAGUUUUGAAUGGACAUUGUACUUUCACAGCUGUUUUUUUUUUGCGACGCCCCGCCCAUAUUUUUUCCGUAAAGUGUAGUGUGUCGUGUGCAUACACUGCGGCGCUCCGGCACACGCCGCGUUCAUCGUAAUUUUCGCGAAUUGUAAUUCAGUCUUUUUUUUUCACUCUCUGGUGGUUAUUUUGAAUUCUGCGAAAUUACUUUCAACACGGCAUGUGUUUUAAAACAAAAGACAGGAAAAUCGCGGUUUUUUUUUUCAAAUGAGAAAUAGAUUCGUCUCAUGACCCAUUGAAUGCGCCUUUAAUUUUUCCUGUUUCUUACGCGUUUUUCUCAUAACGUCACAUGGGAACGGCGGAGGUUUUGACCACGCCUCUUUGAUUUUUUGUUUUGCAUUUUCUUCCACUAACAAAAACGCCAUGCUUUAUUCGUCGUUAACUGAUAGGGAAAACACUUUACAAGGAGGUUCAUUUAACCUAGUAUUUGGAAGUGUUCUAGUAAUUGGCCAGAAUGGUUAUCAGUGUGCUUGAAGAAGUAUCUUGACCUACACAAUCUCUUAGUUUUCGAGGAAAAUUCCCGUCAAAAUAGGCGAUUUUGUGACAUUCGAGCAGGCUUUCAGAGUCUUCACCCGGUACAUCAACAAGUGUUUCGGCCAAGUUUUCCGGGAUUCUUAACCCUGUAGUGAAAUGAUCAUUCUCGGGAGAAAGUUGGAUGGCUUUACGCGAUUAAAAAGGUCCCCCGACUUGAAACGACUUUCGCUUAGAAGCAUUGGAAUGUUUUGGGGAAAGCGGCUGGGUUCAAUAGAAAUUGAGCCAUUCCAAACGCGGUCAUGGCAAAUGAAGUUCAUAGUUCAUUCACUGCUAGCUUGAGAAAGUAUUUGAUAUGAAAUAUGAAAAAUAAUAGCGAGACAGUGUGGGAAAUAGAGAGGGUCAGACAUCACUCUGGUAUUUUUCUGGCACCUGAAAGGCCUGAAUAUGGUUCAAACAGGACCAAAACUACCAAUUUUAGACGACCACGACGUUUUGAAAAAAAGUGUAGUUUAUUCACUGCUAGCUUGGAAGAGUACUUGAAGAAAAUCUGAGAAAUGCGAGACAGUGUGGGAAAUAGAGAGGGUCAGACAUCACUCUGGUAUUUUUCUGGCACCUGAAAGGCCUGAAUAUGGUUCAAACAGGACCAAAACUACCAAUUUUAGACGACCACGACGUUUUGAAAAAAAGUGUAGUUUAUUCACUGCUAGCUUGGAAGAGUACUUGAAGAAAAUCUGAGAAAUGCGAGACAGUGUGGGAAAUAGAGAGGUCAGACAUCACUCUGGUAUUUUUCUGGCACCUGAAAGGCCUGAAUAUGGUUCAAACAGGACCAAAACUACCAAUUUUAGACGACCACGACGUUUUGAAAAAAAGUGUAGUUUAUUCACUGCUAGCUUGGAAGAGUACUUGAAGAAAAUCUGAGAAAUGCGAGACAGUGUGGGAAAUAGAGAGGGUCAGACAUCACUCUGGUAUUUUUCUGGCACCUGAAAGGCCUGAAUAUGGUUCAAACAGGACCAAAACUACCAAUUUUAGACGACCACGACGUUUUGAAAAAAAGUGUAGUUUAUUCACUGCUAGCUUGGAAGAGUACUUGAAGAAAAAUCUGAGAAAUGCGAGACAGUGUGGGAAAUAGAGAGGGUCAGACAUCACUCUGGUAUUUUUCUGGCACCUGAAAGGCCUGAAUAUGGUUCAAACAGGACCAAAACUACCAAUUUUAGACGACCACGACGUUUUGAAAAAAAGUGUAGUUUAUUCACUGCUAGCUUGGAAGAGUACUUGAAGAAAAUCUGAGAAAUGCGAGACAGUGUGGGAAAUAGAGAGGGUCAGACAUCACUCUGGUAUUUUUAUCUUAAGGUAGUCCUGAAAGGCCUGAAAAUGGUUCAAACAGGACCAAAACUACCAAUUUUAGACGACCACGACGUUUUGAAAAAAAGUGUAGUUUAUUCACUGCUAGCUUGGAAGAGUACUUGAAGAAAAUCUGAGAAAUGCGAGACAGUGUGGGAAAUAGAGAGGGUCAGACAUCACUCUGGUAUUUUUCUGGCACCUGAAAGGCCUGAAUAUGGUUCAAACAGGACCAAAACUACCAAUUUUAGACGACCACGACGUUUUGAAAAAAAGUGUAGUUUAUUCACUGCUAGCUUGGAAGAGUACUUGAAGAAAAUCUGAGAAAUGCGAGACAGUGUGGGAAAUAGAGAGGGUCAGACAUCACUCUGGUAUUUUUAUCUUAAGGUAGUCCUGAAAGGCCUGAAAAUGGUUCAAACAGGACCAAAACUACCAAUUUCAGACUCGGAACUGGUCCUCAACCAAAAAUGCUACACGAGGAACCGAAACUCGAGCAGUUCUCAACUUUUAAGGGAGUGCUACCAGGUUUUCCUUUUUUUCUGAGUUUUAAUUGUCCCAAUCUGAAGACCCAAACGCCGCCGCCGAAAAAGUUAUCGGUGAAGAAGACGGAGGAAUUCGACAACAAAAGCAUGUACGCUGACGCACUUUCCAGGUUUCGUUUCAUUUUUUAAAUAAAAUGGAGAAUUAUUUAUAGAUGCGCCUCCUACAAGGCUCCAAUCGACGAGAAACGGCAACUGAUGAAACUGGAGUUUGAGCUGAAACAGCCUCAAACGGAGCCCUGUGAGCUGCAGCUCUACAGGGACGGCUUCAGAUGCCGGGUCGCCGUCGAGUACAACAAAAAGAUGUAUAGGUACUUGUUCAAAUCGGUUUUUUAGAUCAAUGUGAUUUCAGUAAGCCUGCUAGAAUCAUUUCGAACGUAAAAAUUUCCCAAAAUGCAGAUUCUCAUCAAAAUCCUUAAAAAUAAAAAUGGCAAAAAAAAAGUUGGCGGCAAAAGGACUCGAACAUGAAUCAUAGGCUCUGUUGGCUGACGCGCUAUCCACUGCACCACGCUCCUACGAGCCAUGCAAUGGGUCGUGGCGCGGCCAGAUUACUUCCAAACGGCGUCACAUGGUCAACGAUAAAAAGUUUAAAAAAAUCAUAUUUCCAAAACUAGAAUUUUUGCGCAGAUAGGUUCCUAAGGAUUUUUUUAGGAAAAUUGAAUAUUAUCAUCAAAAAAAUUUUUUUAAUCAAAAAAAGUCUUAUAGAGAAACGUCAUUUCACAGAGAGGUUGUGAACGUCAUUUUUGGAUUAUCCAUGGAGCGCACAAUCCCAAGCUUUUCGUGUCUUCUUUCAUCAUAAUACUUUAUCACCAUAUUAUUUUUUUGAAAAAAAAAACCAAAAAUUACAGAGAACGACUGAAAAUCAGCGUGACGAACAAGCGAGCCUUGCUCCAUUUCCGCGACGGUUGCAAUUUAUGA